CUUAUUUCGCUAAGACCCUUUCUCUCUAUUCUUUCUAGUUGCAAGAUUCCUGGUGUUGUAUUAUCGCAUCACAGCUGGUAUGAUACGUACAAACUUAGAACAGUCGAAGAAAUGCAAAGUACGAAAAAAACGGAACCACAAAGUGAAAACCAGCAAAGAUACCAAGAGAAGAAAACACGGACAGUAUUUUCGCGGACCCAAGUAAGUACUCUGGAAGGCGCCUUUGGAUCAAAGCACUAUUUAUCGAGCGGAGAACGAAUCAGUCUUGCUAAGCAUCUUCGGCUCACUGAAACCCAGGUCAAGAUAUGGUUCCAGAAUCGGCGGAACAAACUGAAACGCAAAAGGAAGCUUGAAAUGGAAGCCACUGCAAGGGAAUCGAUUCUCCCUUCGGAGAAAACUAAAGAUGUGUGGCCUCCAGGGGUAACCAGAUUUUGGAUUCAAAAAUACUGCAACUAA